AUGGCAGCCUCUGCGUGGUCGUCGCCUCUUCUUCUUCGCCCAUCAUCCCGCCAAUUCAGAAAUUAUAGACCAAGAAGACUAGUUUCAGGAACUGGGCUCUUUAACGUUGAAAACAAACGAAAAUCAAGAAUGAUGACUGUUGGAAGUAGUAAAGGCAAUGUGGAUGUUGGUCUUGAAGUCAGUGAAGGGCUUUAUCUCGGGAUGGAUUUUGGUACUUCUGGAGCUAGGUAUGCUCUAAUUGACAAAGAAGGGAAUAUACAUGCUGAAGGAAAGAGGGAGUAUCCUCUGCAUAUGAGCAAGGAGACAGUGGAUUGGGUGCAAUCAUGGAAAGUGACACUUUUCUUGCUUCUUGAAGAUGUACCUGUCAGUCUCCGCCCAUUUGUCGCUUCCAUCUCUCUAGAUGGAACUUCUGCAACAACCCUUAUAGUAGACAGCUCAACAGGAGAACCAUUGUCAAGACCCUUCCUCUACAGUGAGAGUUGUCCUGAUGCUUUACCAUUGGUAAAGUCCAUUGCUCCUGUGAACCACACAGUUUGCUCUGGUUCUUCCACCCUCUGCAAGCUUGUUUCAUGGUGGAACUCUGACAAUUCUAAUAAAGAAUCUGCAGCGUUAUUGCAUCAAGCAGAUUGGCUGUUGUGGCUUCUUCAUGGCAAUCUAGGAGUGUCCGACUACAAUAAUGCUUUGAAGGUUGGCUACGAUCCUGAAAUUGACUCUUAUCCACCUUGGCUGCUCUCUCAGCCAUUUUCUCAUGUUUUGCCUUCUGUACGAGCUCCUGGAACUUCUAUUGGUUUUAUUAAAGAGGACAUUAGAACACGAUUCGGUUUUCCGGAGAAUUGCCUUGUCUGCGCAGGAACCACUGAUAGCAUAGCGGCCUUUCUUGCUGCACGUGCUACUCAACCCGGGAAAGCUGUCACAUCAUUGGGUUCAACACUUGCUAUAAAAUUACUAAGCAUCAAUAGGAUAGAAGAUGCACGAUUUGGGGUUUAUAGUCACCGCCUUGAUGAUAAAUGGCUUGUUGGAGGUGCUUCAAACACAGGUGGAGCUGUUCUUAGGCAAAUCUUUACUGAUGAACAACUCGAGAAAUUGAGUGAGCACAUAAAUCCAAUGGAAGCCUCUCCUCUAGACUACUAUCCUCUGCAAUCAGUUGGUGAAAGAUUUCCUGUGGCAGAUCCAAAGAUGGUGCCCAGAUUACAUCCUCGUCCAGAAAGUGAUGUUGAGUAUUUGCAUGGCAUUCUAGAAUCUAUUGCCCGUAUAGAGGCAAAGGGUUAUAGCCUACUGAAGGAUUUAGGGGCAACCGAAGCUGAACAAGUGUUUACGGCAGGAGGUGGAGCGAAAAAUGAGAAAUGGACGAAGAUACGAGAGAGGGUGCUGGGUUUGCCCGUUUGUCGGGCACCUCAGACGGAAGCUGCCUAUGGUGCUGCAUUACUGGCAUUGAGGGGUGCUCAAUAG